CCUGCUAGUUUGGCUUCCUCAACAUGGCGGCGCCCUUAUGUGUGGAGGUGGAGUUCGGAGGUGGUGCGGAGCUCCUGUUUGAUGGAGUAAGAAAGCAUCAAGUCACCUUGCCUGGGCAGGAGGAACCCUGGGAUAUCCGGAACCUCCUUGUUUGGAUCAAGAAGAAUUUGCUAAAAGAGCGGCCAGAGCUGUUUAUCCAGGGAGACAGUGUGCGACCAGGAAUCCUGGUGCUGAUUAAUGAUGCCGACUGGGAACUGCUGGGGGAGCUGGACUACCAGCUGCAGGACCAGGACAGCAUCCUCUUCAUCUCCACACUGCACGGCGGCUGAGGCCUCCUCCAUGAGCCCAAGCACCUUUGCAAGGGGAACACAGGACAACCACAGCACCCCUCGGAUCUGCUUCCAGGUCCUCAGUCCCCCUUGGCUGCCUCCUUCCCUGAUGUACCCCUGAGCUUCCUCUAAACAGGGAAAAGAGGCCAGGUGCUAAAAAUGAGCCUUUCUGGGCAAGGCACGUGAGCUGGGAGGGAGAGCAGCCGCCUGAGCCCAGCACUCCUCCCAGCAGCUGAGAUGGGGGAGGGUGCUCCUGUGCUGUGUCAGGAGUGGAGGGGGCUCUGUGCCCAGGUGACCCAACUGCUUGCCACUCCUGAAUCUUGGUGUAUCUAAGCCCUGAGUGGUUGCCUGGAAGGCACUCCAGUUCCUGAGACAUCUUCAUGGAGAAGAUGGAUGGACUGGAGUAACUGAUGAGAAGCCCCUCCCUUGCUAAAGAUUAGAGGGGCUUCCGCCUCAGUUUCCCCAUCUGGACACAGAGAGCUCUGCUUGUUCCCCACUGAUGUCAUUAUGGAACCCCAGCUGGGGUCCCCUAUUCAGUGCUCACCUCCCUCCCCGCCACCCAGCAGCUGCUCUCCUAGCCAUACCCCUCCUCCCCGUCCCCCCCGCCCCCGCCCCU